GCAGCGCCUGCCCUUCCAGAGUAGCCGGCAAAGGAUGGCCGAGAGCUCCAAACUCCAGCUUUUUGUCAAGGCGAGUGACGAUGGGGAGAGCAUCGGGCACUGCCCCUUCUGCCAGCGCCUCUUCAUGAUUCUGCUGCUCAAGGGGAUCCCCUUUACUCUGACCACAGUGGACAUGAAGAGGGCCCUGGAUGUGCUGAAGGAUUUUGCCCCAGGAGCCCAGCUGCCUGUGCUGCUAUAUAACGGGGAGCCCAAAACCGACACCAACAAGAUCGAGGAGUUCCUGGAGGAGACCCUGGGCCCCCCAAACUUCCCCAGUCUGGUUCCCCGGUACAAGGAGUCCAGCACGGCCGGGAAUGACAUCUUCCACAAGUUCUCUGUGUUCAUCAAGAACUCACUGCCGGCCCAGGACGAGGUGCUACAUAAGAACCUGCUGAAGGCCCUCCUGAAGCUGGACCGGUACCUGAGCACCCCCCUGGAGUACGAGCUCGUCCAGGACCCCGGCCUCACUGUCUCCCGCAGGAGGUUCCUGGACGGCGACCAGCUGACACUGGCCGACUGCAGCCUGCUGCCCAAACUGAACAUUGUCGAUAUCGUGUGCAAACACUACCGGCAGCUGGGGAUCCCCCAGGAGCUGCGCGGUGUCUGGCGCUACCUGGACAGCGCCGGCGAGGCCAAGGAGUUCAAAUCCAGCUGCCCCGACAGCAAGGAGAUCGUGCAGGCCUAUCGCACCGUGGUCAGGCCGCUCAAGUAGGCACAGCCUGACUCAGCCUGGCACUUCCCUAUGCCCACUGCUCACGCUGCCAGUGCUGGAGAGGGGCCUGGGGCUGCCCUGCCCGGCCUGGUCGUCCUUCAUCUCUCUGCUUUGCUGCCCAUGAAUGUCAGACAAAGGUUGAGGGAACCGGAGCCACUGCCCUUCUCACCGCUCCUGGGCUCGCAGCCUUGGGGCUAGGCCAGCCUGGACUCCUGUGGGGCAGAGGAAGCCACAUCCCCUUCACCAGUCAGGACUCUGCAGCAGAACAUGGGACAGGACGGGACCUCCUGGCUCCUCGAACCCAGUCGCUCUCCCCUUCCCAUACUUCUUGGGGGCAAGAGGGCUCAUUUGGCACCUCUUCCUCCCUCCUCCCAUGCAACCCUCAUUUCUCUCCUGCCGCCAGAGCCUCCUCCUGGCAGCCCAGCUAACUCUCUCCUUUCAGCUCCUGCUCCACCAGCUACAGAGAGGGCAGCCUCAGGCUCUGCCCUGGCAUGGCGUCAGGGCAGAGGGGCUCCAAGUACCAGCCGGGGGCCCUGUCACAGCUAGGAGCCAGUCCUGUCUAUAUGAUAGCACGGCCCGAGGGGACAGGAAUUGUAAAGCAGGAGUGGGGCAGACAGCAAACAUUGGGAAGGAGGCUUCCAAUGUCCCAGAGCUCAACCAGGGGCAGGGCAGGGCAGCUGGACCCAGCCUGUGAAGGGGGCCGGGCAGGGCAGAUGAGCCCGGGAGAGGUGAGGGGCAGAAAAGAGCAGUGGGGGCCCAGAAAGUUGCAUGACCAUCCCCUGCUGGACUCAGCCACACUCUCUCCAAGGGUGAUGCUGGCUACGCCCUGUUGGCACGCACAAUGUGUCCAGCACUAGCUCAGGUCUGGCUGCUUAGAAACAGGCCAGGCUGAGGCAGCGCCCCAGAAGCCAGCAGGGGAGACGGGGGCUGGAGCACCCACAGCAGCCCUGACAGCAGAUGUUCACCCCAGCAGACAAUCGGGUGGGGCAGGGGCUGGGCUGGUGCAGCCAUUGCAGGGAGCUUGUGUGGGCCUCACCACAGCCUUUGAAGAUCAGCGCAGGGCCCAGGAAGCCCUGCGUGGCUAGUCGGACUGCCGCAGCUGGGCUGUGGGCUGGUGACUCCUGCCUCCCAGCAUGCUCAGCCCAGUAGCCAGAAUGAGUUCAACCGGGAACGAGUCUGUCCCCUCCACAUUCUAUGGGGGAAGGGGGGGGACCUGUAUUAUGUCAGAGCAUUUAAAAAUCAAUAAAGAGGAAAGCAAACAGGUGCUGAUGUCAUGAAUGAACAGCCUGCUAUGGAGAUAAGGCAGGGCUCAAGGGCAGAUGCUCACCCCCCUCCACCCCAGCUCCAUUCUGCCACAGGGAGAGGGGAUGCCCACAAGGCGCUAGAUACACCUCCGCCUCCACAACAGCCCCGCAGAGACUUCAGACUCU